AUGAUAAACAUCACGUCGGUCUUUUCACGGCAUUUAGUGCGUCACCAGCCUCGAUGGGUUUCCAGCGUCCAAGUCACACGACACGACACGAAUAAUGUCCCUGAUCUUCAUAUUACACCUCUUGCUGCACAAAAAUUGAUUGAAGCUGCGAAGCGACAAAAGACUAAUAAUCUGAUGCUACGCGUCGCAGUGGAGGGUGGCGGUUGUUCUGGCUUCAAGUACGUGCUCGAGUUCGAGAAGGACGCGAGACCAGACGAUGAAAAGGAUGUGGUUAUUGAGCAACACGGCGGACGUGUUGUCGUGGAUAAGGAGUCACUGGAACUCAUUCGAGGCAGCACCGUGGACUUUGAACAGGAGCUCAUUCGUAGUGCCUUUGCUGUAGUCAAUAACCCCAAUGCAGUCAGUGGUUGUGGCUGUGGCACGUCCUUUGACCUCAAGGAGUAA